AUGUCACAAUCCGACACAACUCGGCAGAAAUUAAUUGAAGCCGAUUAUGAACCAGUUAGUUCAUCACGUAAACUUAAUUUAUUACUACAACGUUCAGUUCGUUAUUCAUAUCGACAAAGAUGUUGUAAAUGUUGUCCAACAAUACUUUGUGAACUUCUGUUUCCAAUUACCAUAAUACUAUUAUUAACCUUAACUCGAUAUGGACUCAAUCGACUAGCCGAAAAGCAAAAUGAUGAUGGAAGUUUACCUGGAUCUUUCAGCAAACGUCCAUGUUCACAAGAUAUCAAUACUCCACCAACUUCAUCAAAUAAUAUAUUUACUAAUUGUUUUAAAUUUCCACCAAGUUAUAACGGUGGUCGUUGGAGUUCACAUAGUCUAGAUGAUGUAUCCAAUAAAACUAAUAUUGUUUUCGAACCGAACCGAACUGAUGUUAACGAACUUGUCAAACGUGGUGCAAUACGUCUAGCUGCAAUGAAAUGUAAUAAUACAAACAUUUGGAGUCAAAACCCAAAUGAUGAAACUGAUACACAUUUAUUGCAAAAUAAAACUGUAAAUACAGUUAUAGUGGAUUUCAGUGCAACAUCUGAUCUAAGAAAAGAACACAAUCUUGUCUACAACAUUAUUGUUCGAACACCAAAUAUUAUUUUGAAAAAUGAUCCUAUCGAUAUGUCAUUCAUAUCAUAUAAACAUCCAGGUUAUGUUUCGGAUCGUUCGAAUGCCACAGAUAAUAAUGGUAUGAAUGGAUCAGAAUUACCAGAAUUUACUGAUAUAAAAAUGUUUGUUGAUUCAUUACUUAUGGAAUUUCAAACAAAUCGUCAAGUUCAAUUUGAACUUGAACGAAAUCUUAUGACUUGUACACCAUUUCGAAAUGAUUUUCUUUUUACAUCAGAAUCAAAUUUUAUUAACACAAUUAUAUUAAUGAUUGAUGCUGUAUUCAUUGUUCCAUAUUUAAUUCUUUUAAUAAGUUUAAUUCGAGAAAAAAAUGCAAAAGUAAAAGAAAUUCUUAAAGUACUUGGUAUUGAACCUAUUCUUAAUAAUAUUGCACAAGGAAUUCGAACAAUGGUUAUUCUUUUGAUUUUAAUUCUAUUUUUAUCUAUUGUGUUUAAAAUAAAAUUAAAGCCUGAUGCUUAUUUCAAUACAGUUAAUUUUGCUACUCUGUUUUUUGGUAAUAUUAUAUAUGGUUUACAAUUAAUAUCAUUUUGUAUUAUGAAUGCACAAUUAUUUGAUACUAAUGUUCGUGCUGUUAUAUUUACAUUUGUUUUUUAUUAUAUUGUCUUUAGUAUCUCUUCAUUUACUGUUUCAUGGCCACCAGGGAUACAGUAUGUACUAAUGUUUUUUUGUCCUUAUAUUGCUGGACAUUCAAUUUUUCAACAAGCUGUAUUAUAUGACCUAGCAAAGAAAGAUGUAGCAGUAUUUCGAACUAUUUAUCGUUAUGUACCAAUGUAUUUUCCGACAUUGAUUGUUAUGCUUCUUAGUUGUAUUUUUUAUUGGGCAUUGUCAUGGUAUUUGGAAAAAGUCUUUCCAGGUCAAUAUGGUAUUCCACUUGAUUGGAAUUUCUUGUUCAAAAAAGAUUAUUGGCGUAGAGAAACUACUAAAAAUCAGAUAUAUGCAUUUGAUAAUCAUGCAGCUACACUUUCAAGACCCGUUGCAUCCCUUGCACGAACGAAUUCAAUAGGAGCACCUGUUGUUCAUGUUGAUCGACUUGUUAAAAAAUUUGGUCCAGAUAAAAUAGCAGUCAAUGAAGUUUCAUUUGAUUUAUAUGAAAAUCAAAUAACAUCAUUACUUGGGCCAAAUGGUUCUGGUAAAACAACUAUAUUUAAUUGUUUAAUUGGAAUAUAUAAACAAACAUCAGGUACAAUUAUAAUGGAAAAUGAAAAUGGUAUUAAUUAUGAUACAAGAAAUAAUAUUGAAAUAUUAAGAAAAUCAAUGGGUUAUUGUCCACAACAUGAUAUUCUUUUUGAUUUAUUAACUAUUGAAGAACAAAUACAAUUUUAUGCUUCUGCUAGAGGAUUUGGAAAAAAUAAACAACAAAUAUCAAAUGAAAUGCUUCAUUUAGUUAAUCUUGAAAAUUCAAAACAUGUUUAUUGUAAUUCAUUAUCUGGUGGAAUGAAAAGACGUCUUUCAUUAGCUUGUGCUUUUGUUGGAAAUACUAAAAUUGUUUUACUUGAUGAACCAUCAAGUGGACUUGAUCCAUCAAAUCGUCGUUUAUUAUGGGAUUGGUUACGUAAAAUGAAAGAAGGAAAAACACUUUUAUUAACAACACAUUUUAUGGAAGAAAGUGAUGCUUUAUCUGAUCGUAUUAUAAUUAUUUCAAAUGGUGUUAUUAAAGCAGAUGGAACAUCAGCAAAAUUAAAAGAACAAUAUGGAUCUGGUUAUAAAUUAAUUAUUAAUAAACAAAAUAAUUAUGGUACAAAUGAAAUAGAAAAUGAGUUACGUAAUUAUUUACCUAAAUUAACUAUUGAAAGUGAUAUUCCAAAUGGUGAUGUUGUUUUUCGUACAAAUGAACAACCAGAUAAUCAAUUUGUUCAAGCAUUACGUCAACUUGAACUAAUGAAAGUACAAAAUCGUGUAAAAAAUUAUGGUGUACAAAAUAGUACAAUGGAUGAUGUUUUUUUUAAAAUUACAAAAGAGACAAAAGAUGAAAAUGAUUCUGGAAAAACGUCAGUUAAUAUUGAACACAUAGAUGAACAAUGUCGUGAUAUUUUCGAUGAACGAGAAUUUUUUCAUGGUUGGCGUUAUUAUUUAAGUCAACUUCAUGGUUUAAUCAUUAAAACAAUACUUGUACGUUAUCGUCGUUGGGGAUUGACACUUUUUGUUUUAUUAUUACCUAUACUUUACAAUCUUUUAUCAAAUAUAAUAUCUCGAAGUCAAAAUGUAAAUGGUACUUUUAAAAUGAAAGUAAAUUUACUUAAUCCACAAACAGUUCUUUAUAAAGUUGAUCCGCUUAUGGAAAAUUAUUUUCAAGCAGCUAUUGGGCCAAAAUCAAAUGGAUUAGUACUCGAACAAAGAUCAGAAAAUAUUUCUGCAAUGAAUAAAUAUAUAUGGCAAAAACGCAUGGAUCAUCCGUACACUUAUACUGAUAUUUAUCUGGGUUUUCAAGUACUUGUACCACAAGGAAAUACUUACAAAAUACAAACUUUAUCAUCAAAUUUAAUAUCAGGUUAUGAAAUUGUUUCAGUUGCAUCGAAUAUAUUUUUUAAAUAUGCAUUAAAUGAUACUGGUGCAUCAAUUGAAACAACAUUAAUUUAUAAAAAAACAGGAAAUUUGACAAUAGAACCAACAAUUGGUAGUUUAUUGAAUGUAUUAAGUAUAGCAUCAUGUUAUCUUAAGGUUUUACCAGCUUCACUUAUAUUAGAUGUUCCAGUAUUUUAUUGGCUUUUUAAUUAUCUAUUUGAUAUUCUUACUUCUAUUAUUUGGUUUUGUUAUUUACUUACUAUGUAUUGUAUAUUUGAUGUUGCCUUUAAUGGUUCACCAAAUAGUCGAACUUCAUCAACAAGUAUAAUACCAAUUGAAUUUGCUACUUCAUGGGAUUUACGAGUACAAUUUUAUCCAUUAACAAUAAUUAUUAUAUUACCAACAUUACCAUUUGCAUAUCUUCUGACAAAAAUUUUCAAAAGUGAUCUUCUUUGCGGAUUAUCAGUAUUAUUUAUAUUAAUUAUUUUACAUUUAGUCAGUAUUAUUGUACCAGUAGUUAUGUCAUUAGUUAAUAAUACAUUCGUUCAAAAAUUGAUGUAUUGGUUAUUUAAUAUUAUUUCACCAAGUAUAAAUGCACAGGCUAUAGUCACGUAUAUAUUAGCACAGCAAAGUAAAUUUUGUCAAGUAUUUAUUAAUACUGAUUUUACAUUUUUUACACCAAUUGGAAAUGAUACAAUGGGAUGGAAUUGGGUAGUUCUUAUUUUACAUAUUAUUAUUUUAUUAUUAGUAUUAAUUGCUAUAGAUAGUGGAUUAUUAAAAUUUUCAUUUUCAUUUUCAUUUCUAACACGUCCUUUACAAUUUGAUGAAAAUAUCCUUGAUAAUGAUGUUCUAGCAGAACGUCACCGAAUUUUAAGUCUAAACUAUUCAACAACAAAUAAAAGUCUUUUAAAUACAGAUAAUAAUGAAGAAGAACACGUAACUGAUCAUUUAACAGUGCAUGAUCUUGUUAAGCGCUUUCCAGGACGUAAUACUUGUGCUGUUAAUCAUUUAACAUUUGGUGCUAAACGUGGUGAAGCAUUUGGUUUACUUGGUUAUAAUGGUGCAGGUAAAACAACAACAUUUCGCAUACUUGUUGGUGAUGAAUUAGCAACACAAGGCACUGCUUAUAUUGAUGGACAAAAUGUUCGUCGUCGCUUAACAUCAAUGCGUCAAUUAGGUUAUUGUCCUCAACAAAAUUGUAGUAUGGACUUUUUAACUGUUCGAGAUGGUUUAUAUUUGUUAGCACGUAUACGUGGUGUAACUUUUUCACGUAUACAUUCUGUUGUUCAAACAAUUAGUUCAUUAUUUUUACUUGAUCCAUUUCUUAAUAAUUAUAUUCAUCAAUUAAGUGGAGGAACUAAACGACGAUUACAUGCUGCACUCGCAUUAAUUGGACCUCCACUAGUUAUAAUUCUUGAUGAACCAACAACUGGUGUUGAUCCAAAUGCUCGACAACAAAUGCAAGAAAUAUUUCUUAAUGCUGUUAAAGCAAAAUUAACAAUUAUAUUAACGAGUCAUUCAAUGGAUGAAUGUGAACGUAUAUGUAAUCGUCUUGGUAUUAUGUUUAAUGGUCAAUUAGCUUGUUUGGGUACAAUUCAACAUUUAAAAUCAAAAUUUGGUCAAGGUUAUACAAUUGAAAUUAAAGUUCGUUCAACACCUAAUGAUGCAAGUGAAACAAAUAUUCAAAAUGUUCAAUCAUUUUUAUUAUCACAAACCCAAUUAAAUGUAGAAAUUAGAGAAAUAACAUAUUCAACAGGAUCAUUUCAAGUUAAACAAGGUACACCAGCUGAUUUAUUUGAAUUACUUGAACAAAAUAAACAACAAUUAAAUAUUGAAACAUAUACAAUAUCACAAACAACACUUGAACAAAUAUUUUUAUCAUUUGGUAAACAAGCUAAUGAUGCUUAA